AUGGCGGACGCCCGGAGGACCAAGAGGGUGCAGACUUUUGGCCGUAAGAAGACGGCAGUCGCCGUUGCCCUCUGCACGGAAGGCAGGGGUAUCAUCAAAGUCAAUGGCGCUCCCUUGAAUCUCCUCAAGCCUGAGGCGUUGAGGGUCAAGGCUUGCGAGUCUAUCCUCGUUCUCGGCAAGGAAAGAUUCCAGGGCAUUGACAUCCGCGUGCGAGUUCGCGGGGGUGGUUUUGUCUCGCAAGUGUAUGCCAUCAGGCAGGCUAUCGCGAAGGGCGUUGUCGCAUACAACCAAAAGUAUGUCGAUGAGGCUACCAAGAAAGAGAUCCGCGACAGCUUGGUCGCUUGUGACAGAUCCCUUGUUGUUGCGGAUCCCCGCCGCUGCGAGCCAAAGAAGUUUGGUGGACCUGGUGCGCGUGCAAGAUACCAGAAAUCCUACCGUUAA